AGAUGUAUGGCUCAGAAGGCAGAAAACGCCGGUUCGGCGCUCCUUCUACAGGCUGACCAUGAGCUUCAAUUUGCACAACAAGGCGGAUGACCUGGCGCCGUUGCGGUUGGCUUUGGCUCCUAAUCCUCGCCACUGGCAUCACUGUCAUCAUGUUGAUGGGGAGCGUCGCCCUCGCGCCAGCGGUUCCUGUCGAAGUUGUCGAGGCUGGAGGUGUGGCCGGCCCAAGCGCAUCGUUGACCACAAGCACACGCAGCACGACAGAAGCGCCAGGCCCUUGCGGCCGUUUGCUGCUGGAUCACUGGGACGCAGGAAAGCCUUUCAAGGUAGUUCUCCUGGCGGUGGACAAUCAAGGAGGCCGCUUCGGCAACGAGCUGUUCUCCGUCGCCGCCGGGCUGGUCCAGGCCCAGCGCUCCCAACGGCCGGUGCUGCUGCACCGGCCCAGCAUUGACAAGCGCCGACAGAUCUUGCGGCUCCCCUGCCUUCGCAGCAGCGCCGGCGUGGCGCGCCAAGCACAGGAGAUCUGUCACGGCUGCGCCGAGGAAAAGAUUUGGGAAGAUAGGAGCGGCACUUGUAACAGGGGCCAGGGAUGCUUAGAGAAGCUCCGCUCCAAGGGGCACGUGCAAGUGCUGGGUGGGGACCCCUUUCAUCAGGACCUCGCUGAGUGGAAGGAGCCGCCACUGGUCUGGCGCCCACUCCUCCGGGAGGCCUUUCAGGUAGAGAUGCCACAGCUGAAGGAGCCUGUUCCGAUGCCCAACAGCACAGACUUGGUGCUCUACUUCCGCUGCUACCGGAAGGCCCAGGUCUUUGAUCUCCAUGGUGGUACCGCCUUCCUGAGCGGGGUGCCCUUCGCCUUCUUCGAGCAUGCGGUCUUACAGCAUCAGCAAGAGUACCCGGCGGCCUCUGUCUGGGUCAUGGCGGAUCCGUCCAUGCGCACGCACCCCACGGUCAAACGCCUGGAGAAGGAGUUGAAGGCGCUGGUCUUCACGGCCAUGGACCAGGCCAAGAAGGACGCGUGGCUCGCUGACUGGGUUUGGCUCCGUGAGGCCAAGCACCUGGCGAUGUCCCCGAGCACCUUUGUCUGGUGGGCGGCCUUCCUGGGCGAGGCCGAGCGAAUCUAUGUGCCCAUCUUGCCUGGCCUGAUUGGGCUACCCUGGUGCAAGCUUCUCCCAGAGGAUCCGAGAUUUCGGUUCUAUGACAUUUGGACAAAUACCUCAUACAAUGAGGCCUCAGUGGCAAAGUCCCACUGCCAGAAGUACACCCAGUGCAAAGAGGGGUGCCCGGUGAAGGAGCAGCGCCUGCGGGUGGCCGAGCUCUACCCCGAGCUCUUGGAGCUGCAACACUGGCAGGACCAGGAAUACUUGGCGUCUGCCGACAAAACGGAGUCACGGAUCGGCAGGGCCUGGAGGGAACAAGAAGCUAGGUUGGAGGCCAUCGCUACUAGGAACAAGAAGCUACGUCCGUAGCUAGAAGCUACUAGGUGGAGGCCGUCUUCCGAUGCUACCAAAGAAAGCAGAGUCGGUCAGGGAAGCUCGAGAGGUCGCAUGAAAUGGCAUGAAGCUAGGACGCCAUGGAUGAAGAUCCAUUUCUGGAGCAAUGGGCCUUCUUUCAAGGAAGCUUUUCCGUCACUGUUUUGACGGAAACGAUUUUGGAUCCCCCAAAAGGCGUCCAAAAAGACUCAAUCCAUGGGAUCUCCAUCUCGCUUCGCUGGAUUUCGUCCCAAAACAUCGACCGCCAUGAGUCGCUGGUGGGACUGGGUCAAAGCUGAUAGGAGCUG